UGUGUCACAUGACAGCAAUAUGCGUGCUCGUCAAUCUCGUUCUUUACAUCUGUGCUGACUUGUCUAUUUUGGCAUACCGCAUACGGAAUAUUGAUAUAAUAUCAGAGAAGGAUGUCCAUCACAGAAUUCGUUUCCUUAUUCAAAUGCAUUAUAAAACUAUUUGGAUUGCUAAGUCUUUAGAUAAUGCCUUUAACAUCGUUCUUUUAGACGAAUUACUAGGAAACAGUAUAGUAUUGGCAAUCUCUAUAUAUUAUGUUCUAAUAAGUUAUGAUUCAGCGGAAAUAGCAACUUCAUGUACCUACAUCUUUUUUGCCUUAACUGCUCUUACAAUGCUUUACGGUUUCUGUGUUAUUGGAGAUCAACUGACACAAAAGAGUCAGGACGUCCUAGAUGCAUACUACGAAUGUAAUUGGCAAGAUAUGUCAUGUAGAACAAAAAAAUCACUUCUCAUAUGCAUGAUAAGAGCAAAAACAUAUUUGUAUUUAACUGGAGGAAAAUUUUAUAUUUUUUCUUUGAUUGGUUUUACUGAUGUUCUAAAGACGUCCAUGGCGUACUUGUCUAUGCUGCGUACAAUUAUGUAA